GUAGCAAAAAGAAAGAGGCAAAAAAUAACGAGAAAAUGGAAAAGACGAACCUCCUAUGCUUCAUACGUUUUGCUCGAGUGCGCCAUCUGCUAUGUCAGAUAGCAGAGAAUAGCUAAUGGAGAGUUGAUCACGAAAAUAACACGAUACUCUUCGUAGGCAUUGCUUUGAACUUCGGUCAAACAUGGGGAAGCAUUGGGGUAAUCUCGCCAAAAUCAGUGGCAUCGUCUACUUUCGACUUAGUCCAUAUGAACAGAAAGCCUUUAAGGGAAUGAUUUCUGAAGGUGUGCCGAAUAUGGUACGUCGGUUUCAAGGCAGUGUAUUCCGUAUAGCACCUUUCUUCAUGGGUACCUAUUUGAUUAUGAGCUGGGCCACCGAAACAAACAAGGCUAUAAGCCGUAAAAACCCAAAGGAUUUUGAGAAUGACACGUAAAACGUAGCUCAUGAACAAACUUCUCUAGCCAAUAAUGUUUAGCAUCUUAUAAAUUAAUAAUUCAUGUUCUUUCCCUCCUGAGAAUAAAUAAAAUAUCAAAAAUAAUAUUAAGGAGUAA